GAGGCCUGGUAGAGAACCGCGCUUACCGGAAGCUGUAUCAUCUGUACAGAUCAGUACAACCUACAACUGUACAGUCAAUAAUAACCUACGUGACAAUAGAUCAUAAAAAUAAUUUCUCAAAUAAUAAUAUUUCUGACAGAAAUUCAAAGUGAAAGGUUCAUGGCAGCUGGAUAAAUUUCAACAGCUUUAAUACAGCCAUGGCAAGUGGAUUCUCACCAACACCUCCAGGAGGUCCACCUAUUCUGUCAGACCUCAGGAUUGUACUGCUGGGAAAAGCUGGAGCUGGAAAGAACAAAGUAGCCAGAGUCAUCCUGGGAGACAUAAAGCUGAAUGAAGAGAGUGAAGAGUGCUUUUUAUAUGAAGGUGAACAGGCAGGAAGGAGGACCUGCAUAGUGAACACACCAGGAUGGGACCGAGUUUCUACGGAGUGCACUACAACGAAAAUUAAAAAUGAAAUCGCCCGAAGUGUGACACUUUGUCCUCCAGGUCCCCAUGCUCUGAUUCUGGUGUUUCCUGUAAACACUGGUGACGUUCCAUCUGUAAAUGAGUUUAAAUCAGCAAGUCAUCACAUAGAGCUGCUCUCUGAGAGAGUCUGGAAUCACACUAUAGUGCUUUUCUUGUGUGAUGGAGAUGUGGAGGGAUCCACAAUCACAGAACACAUUCAUAAAGCAGAAAAUCUUCUGGAAAAGUGCAGAGGCAGACAUUAUGUUAUGCGGGACAGUGAAUCUGAAACCCAGGUCCAUGGACUCCUUAAUGAGAUAGACAGCAUGGUGCAAGAAAAUCUGGGUGAUUUCUUCCUGCCACAGGUUUACUAUGAAGUGAUACAGAGCAAAUUGACACAGGAUGUCACUGAGUUGAAAAAGCAUUAUGAGGACAGAGAGGAAAAGCUGAAACAAGGAUACCAGAAAAGACUUAGUGUGUAUAAACAACAGGUUGAGGAAGAAACUUUACUUAAGCAGAGACGUGGAAGUAUCCAGGGAACUCGUCCCUCUUUCAGUAAAGAUGAAAACCAGCCAGUGGAUAUUGAUACCAUCAAGAGCAAGUAUCGGGAUGAGCUUCAGGCACUUGCAAAUCAUUACUUCAAACCUAUGUGCCUGCUGGUGUUGGCUGUGAUUGGCGCUCUUAUCGGAUCAGUGGUUGGAUCUAAUUAUGGAGUGGUGGGCGCUGGUGUUGGGAUCAUCAUUGGAAUCAUAGUAACAGUUCCAUUGGCUUUAUGGCUGAUUAAUGCUGCAAGCCUAGCACGACAGAGUUCAACUCUUCUGGAAGAAAAAAAAUCGGAACACACUGAUUAACCCCUUCAACUGUGAGAUAUAAAAUUGCGUGCAAAAACUGUAUACCAUUAGGACAAAAUGGAGGUGCCCAAAAGAGGGAAUAAAACAUAAGGGGCAUUUGUAGAAAAAAUAAAAUCAAUGAUGUGGUGUGAAGCAGCCCAAUGCGAAGCACCGUUCCUGUUAUGACUCCAAAGUCCUUUAAUUUUUAAUUAUCAAAGGAUUUUGAUAUGUGGAGAAUGACAUGUGGAGAGAGUUGUCACAUGCAGAGAGCGACCAGCACUUGCCAGAUAUUCCUGCAGCUCCUUUAAUGUUGCUGUAGGUCUCUUGGCAUCCUCACUGAUAUGUUUUCUUCUUGUCCUUUUGUCUAUUUUGGAGGGACAGAAAUAUAUGUAUAUAUCUUUAUAUAUAAACUUGAAUAUAAUGAAUAGCAUAUAUAGACAUUUAUGCACCCGUAAUCUUUCAUGACUCAUUUUGAUGACUCAUUCACUCUGUUUUUAAUAUUUAAAUUUGUUUUCGUACAAUAAACUUUGUUAAGACAUAUUUAUGUUGUGUUUUUUCAAGGUUGCUUUAACUUUUUUUGCUCUCUUUUCCAAACUACUACAUGCCCUGUGAACCUUUCUGGCAAGAUUUCUAGAAAAGAAAAAAAAAAAACUAAAACAAAACAAAACAAUA